AUGGUGUGCAUAAUCCACGGCUUUCCAAACAGUGUGUCAGCGCUGCGAUUCGAAUGGGCAUGGCAGAACCCAGAAAAGUCUCGUCGAUUGCGUUUACUGACGUUGAAGAAGGGCAAAAAAGAGAGUGCUUUCGAAUUCAGAAUUCGCAUCGUUUUGCAUAUGUUGAAUUCGGAUCCGUGGCGAAAACUUGCGCUCACAUUUCGGUGGUUAUUACCGGCGUGUGAAAUUAAUUUCCCUGCUGAAAUGCAGUUACCGGCACAUAUGAGAAUUGCACGUGGAUUGGUGGAGAAAACUUCGACGCUUGUUCCACAGCUGAUCGAAGAAUAUAUUUGCAUUGGGAAAUGUGCGAUUUGUUCGAGGCAAAUCAAAAAUGUUAGUUGA